AUGAAGUUCACUUCAGUUGUCACUCUUCUCUCUGCCUUCGCCCUCCCAGCGUUCGCAGAGUCCGUAUUUGUCGUACAAAACGCUAAUUACAGCAACCCCAAUACGUCCCUUUCUACCGUCACCUGCUCAGUUUUGGCACAGGAUUACACCAACUUUUCCUCCCUGCCUGCUUUCCCCAACAUUGGAGGAAUCCCAGGCGUCAAUGCGAACCCCACCUUGUGCGGCUCCUGCUGGAGCCUCACACCCGCCCCACCCUGCAGCAGCCUAACCACCCUCUACUUCACCGUUGUUGGUGACAAUUCCAAUGACCUCAUCAACGCUGUCCAAAGCGUCGAUGCUAACAUUACCAUAUACGAUAUCUCCCAGCAGGCGUACGGCAACUUGACUCACGCUUCCUGCAAAGUGGAUGCAGUUUAUGCUGAAGCCACUCAGGUUGAUGCUAGUAUGUGUGGCAUGUAGAGGCGAGUGCGUUUCAUCCUCGAUGUUCUGCAAGACUAGAGCUCUGAUUCGAUGUCUAGUCUAAUGGAGAGGAUCGGGACUGGGAACAAAUGAUAUCGCAGACUCGGAGGAUCUAGAGUUGGUUUUUGGUUGUAUGGUUGCUUGUGUUCUUGGUUUGUAAUUCGGAAAGUGCGCUGCGAUGUUUUUUCC